UCAAGUAGCAGAGCUUCGGUGUUCUGCUUGAGUGUGCGCGACAUCGUCACAGUGGCUCUUCAUGGAUUACUGUCAUCGCCAAACUAUGCCAUCGGGUCAAAGGUUCGCGGAGGCGGCACCAGAGGGCGACGCCGUCGCCCCUCGUCGCAAGAUGUCCGCCGAGGAGAUAAGGGCGGUGAGCAAGCGUCUCUUCCGGCGUUCCACGCUCCUGGACGCCAACAGCGCCGCCGCUGCCGCCUCGGAGAUGGCAGCCGGCGGAGACUCGUCCUCCGACGAAGACCCGCCACCGCCUCGCGUCGUCGGUAUACAGGUGGUGCCCGAGGGUCCCAUCUACGAGCUGCCUCCGCCACCCCGCAAGGUUCCGCCCCCGCCCCCGGUCAGGAGGGACUCGCUGCUGGCCCCUCCCGGGGAGUCCUUGUUACCUCCACCUUCGCGGGAGCUGUUCCUCUCUGAUGACGAAGACACCAAAUCGACGGCGGCGGCUCCGGCUUGUCCCCUGCCACCGAAGAAGUUUCCAAAGCCCCACGCGGGCCUCCCAGGAACGACGACGGUCGCAGGUGACGAAGAAGCGCUUCCGUGGCGACAUGGAGGCGCUGAGCUCACAGCGGAUGCCUCGGCGACGUCGCCGGCGCGUCCCGCCAGACCCGGUUUCGUGCACUUCGCCGCCGUGCCUCCCACGGUCGUGCUGGUUCCCUUGAGUCCCGAGGACGUGAGUAGUCCUCGAAAGAAGUCGGCCACGCUGGGGAACUUCUUGGAUACCCACGAGACCAGCUGGAAGUUCACGCCGGGCCACCCGACUGCAGCGCCCAAUGGCCCCGGUGCUCCUGGCAAUCAAGCAGCGGCGCUCGGCGUACCGCGCAAGGACAGCAGGGAUGAGGCGAUGACCUCGUCUUCCGACACCGACGAUUUCGAAGACCUCCCGCCGCCGCCACUGCCCGAGUGUGGCACCGAGGACUCCACCGACUCUAGCGAGAACAUCUACGAGGACAUCGAACCGGUGAGCGUACCGAUGGAUGGACAGCGGUCGCCGCAGAUGAGCGUCGCGACCCUGUCGUUAGUGCGACCUCCCAAGAGCAAGAAGUUUGCCCGCAGUUUGCAAGACGUACUGAGCGCCCAUGCGGAAGCGUCCAAAGCUAAAAUGGUCGAGCUCCAGGAAGAAGGGAAAAAAGCCAUCGACACGCCAGGAAGUCCAACCCUGCCAGAGUUGCCCCCGCAGGAUUAUGUCCUUGACGAAAUGGAAGAAAGAGCCAUGAUUGAACCACCAUCCUAUGAGGACCCAAAGUUUAAGGAACUGAUAGCUGUACUCAUUGAAUGGAUCAAUGACGAGCUAGCCAGCCACCGAAUCAUUGUGAAGGAUAUUGAAGAGGAUCUCUUUGAUGGACAAGUUUUACAAAAACUUCUUGAACGAGAUGCCUUUGACAUAUUCGAUCACGCCCCUGACAAACUGCAAGUUGUGAAAAAGUCACUCAUGAGCUUCGUAAACAAGCACCUUAACAAGAUCAACCUCGAGGUCUCGGACUUGGACACGCAGUUUCAGGAUGGCAUCUACCUGGUUCUCCUCAUGGGCCUGGUCGAAGGGUACUUUGUACCCCUCUAUUCAUUCUUCCCCACGCCUUCAACGUUUGACCAGAAGGUCCACAAUGUGUCCUUUUCAUUCACUCUUAUGACGGAUGCCGGUCUGCCAAAACCCAAGGCAAGACCAGAAGAUUUGGUAAAUGCUGACCUGAAGUCCACCUUGAGAGUGCUGUACAACCUGUUCACAAAGUACAAAGACACGUGAGCUGUCUUUGGCCGGAGACAACUGGUGGUUCUAUGCCCCUGGAGGCUUCACACUGCCAAGCACAUUGCAUUUAACAUUGAGUACUGGUUAAGUGUUUACCCUAAAGUGCCUUUUAUGAGCGUCAUUAGUAGCAAAUGCUAAGCAGCGACUACCAAAUGAAUUACUCAAGUUUUUGUUUUUAUUGUUUAAUUGUAAAAUGUCGAUGCAGGUUGCCAUGACAUAAUCACAAAGCAAGAUGCAUAAGUACAUCUGUACAUAACAAACGAAGAUAAAAUAAGCUAUUUAUUUACAUGCUUUUAGUAACUGAUCAACUUGUUACUUUUCCUAUGCUAAUUGUGCCUGCAAUGUUUUUUUCUGCUGUUAUUGUAGAAAGCUGGUCCACAAUAAAUUGCUUCUCAUUGUUGUAGUUGAGAAAUAUGGUCACGUUUUUU